AUGGAGGAGAGCAGUGAGGAGUCACUGUCUUUCUCCGUCAGGGUCUUCACCCUGCAGGAGGAGGAGGAGCCGCUUCAGGUGGAGGUGAGCACAGAGAAACACGUCAAUGUGUGCAGACAGAAAGCCGAACAGGAACUCACUGUGCUCCUCACCAACGGACUGGAGGCUCAGCAGCUCACUGUGCAGGACGCCAACAGAGCAUCAGUUUUUCAGUUUACCGUUUGCGAGGAGAUGGACUGCUGCCAGGUCGGAGGUCAGUCCUUCCUGGUCACCCUCGGCAAGCUGAGCCUUCUGCUGCAGUUCAAAACUGCAACUGAUAUGAAGAACUUUCAGAGGGUAUUGAAGCACGGGGAUGGUGAAGACAGAAGAGUAGGAUGCAGAGAUGAGAGAGGGAACGAGGAUGCAGAGGGAGGCCAUGCAGCUUCGACGAGGCAUCCCACAAUGUUUGAAACAAGGACUGAAAAUGCCCCUACACAGUGCUACCAGUUCCACAGCUGUCUGGGCCUGCAUCAGAGUCUACUUCAGGACUACCUGAGGACCGCCACCUAUCAGAGAGCCAUUUUAGCCAACGAUGCUGACUUCAGAGACAAGGUGGUUCUGGAUGUGUGCUGUGGUUCUGGUAUUCUGUCUUUCUUCGCAGCCCAGGCAGGAGCUUCCAGAGUGUACGCUGUUGAUUCCAGCCCAAUGGCAAAAUACACAAAGAUCCUGGUCCAGAGUAACCACCUCUCUGAGCGAAUCAGAGUCCUGGAGGGGGAGGUGGAGCAGGUCGACUGCCCUGACAUGGUGGACGUCAUCAUCUCUGAGCCGAUGGGCUACAUGCUGCUCAAUGAGAAGCUCAUGGGGAACUUCUUGUAUGCCAAGAAGUGGCUCAAACCCAAUGGUCUGAUGUUUCCCUCCUAUGGCGACAUUCACUUGGCUCCCUUCACUGACGAGCAGUUCUACUUUGAACACUACGCACAAGCCAGUUUCUGGCAGCAGAAGAGCUUCUACGGUGUGAACCUCAGUGCUCUCCACAACGCUGCAGUGGAUGAGUUUUUCAGGCAGCCUAUAGUGGACACCUUUGAAGUGCACAUCCUGAUGGCCAGGUCUGUGAAGCACUGCAUCAACUUCAUGGAGGCUAAAGAAGAGGAUUUGCACAGAAUGGAGAUUCCCUUCGUGUUUACUCUGCUCCAGUCUGGUCUGGUCCAUGGAUUCGCCUUCUGGUUUGAUGUGGCCUAUCGCGGAUCCCAGUCCACGGUGUGGCUCUCCACAGCUCCCACUGAACCUCUGACCCGCUGGGCUCAGAUCAGGUGUUUGCUUCAGACGCCACUCUUCGCUAAGAUGGGACAAACUCUGUCUGGGACGGUGCUGCUGGCUGCGAACAGCAGACAGAGCUACGACAUCCACAUCACGGCCACAGUUGACCAAUCAGGCUUCAGAUCUGAAAACAUCCUGGACCUCAAGAACCCUUUCUUCAGGAUUCCGUCCUGGUUCCAAAACUAGAGCGCUGAGAGCCGGAGGUCCAGAACAGGAGGCCUUUCACCUCCAGGAUGCAGAGAACCUCAUAAGGAAUCACCAGCCGUCCCACCUCCACACACCUGAACUCAGUAAUUGUUCUUAUAAACAUUUUGCCAGUAAACUUCAAUGCUGAGAGUAAAGUUAAAAAAAAAAAAUUGUCGUCAUUUUUAAAGGUGACAUCUGUGUAAUAUGAAGUUCGCACAGAUAUUACAUCUGUGAAACUGUAUGUCACAUGUU